AUGUUGUGGGACGAAGCUGACGGUGCGACAUUCCACAGGAAGUGGCAUCACAAUGAUGCCCAUCACCAAUGGGAAGGCAACCCGGUCCUGUCAGCAGAAGUUGACAAUGUUGUGGCAUCUAUCAGACACAAGGUUAGUUCCGAAGGAGCUGAACGGAAGCACUCAGGUGCCAUGAGGAAGGAAUACAUGGAUAAGAUACUCGCCUGGUCAGAAUCAUUUUGUCCACUUGACGCCCCACUCCAAUACAUUCGUCUCGCAACGAUAGGCUACAAAGCACUGCCAUCGGGCAAGUCCUUGAAUGGGAAAGUGAUGCUAACGGUCACACGGCACCUUGAACACCUUGCCUUUAGCGCUGUCACAUUUAUGCUUUGGACGAGGAACUACGAGCUCCUGAAACUAAAGUGCGGGGAUGUCAAGCUUGACAAGACUGUCAUAGAUGGCAUGUUCAUGAAAUACCUUCGAGGUGAGGAACUCUCCCUCACCGUUAGCAAUCGCUACAAGAUUUAUCCACGCCUGGAUACGGGCAAGGCAUGUGACACCCUCCUGCACCUCGUGUCCUGGAUGAAAUGGGUCGAACUUGUCCAUCUCGGCCGGCCAAUGACUGAAGAGGAUUUCCUUUUCCCUGCAAUUGGCACAAAUGGCGUGCUGCAACCGGGUGAGCCGCUUUCCCAUGACAUGAUCCAAAAAUGGAUCGACGAGGCAGUGGUGGGGUCUGGAAUUCCCAGAACGUUCACAACGCAUUGCUACCAUUGUGGUGGAGCACAAUACUGCUUCAUGUUCACGCCAGUGGGGCAGCGAUGGACCCUUGCGUGGGUCCGGUGGUGGGGGGGAUGGGCUGAAGGUGAGCAUCGCAACACACUGAUGCGCUACCUCCUUGACGAGUUGAAUUGCUAUGAAAACGACCACAGUGACGUGCUGCAACCGGUCCCACACGAAGGUGAUCGUUCACUCGCAGGCGAAGCUGCGCUCGUCCAGCCAGUGUCCACCAAGGCACUCAACAUGGUGCAUGCAUUGAUAACAGCCGACAUGGCAGCACUACACACAACCAUGAAGGAAGUGAAGGAAACCUUGUGCUCACUUUCAGUAGAUGUAAGGGAGAUCUGCCAACAGCUCAGUGACAUGAGCAACCUGGUUGUAAAGGCCCUAACCUUGGCCUCUGCAUAUUCAGCCCCUUCUGGACCUGUGCUGCGCCAGGGCACUACCGGCAGUAACGCUCGAGCGAUGCCAAUAACAGCCUACCAACAUUCACCUGUGCAGACCACAACGUUGUUGCCCCCAGUGAUCCAGUCCGCUUCCAUGCCAACAGCGGAUCUUUCGCUCUCGACAUCCCUCCCUUCACAGAUCGGACCCCAGAGGACCAAGGCCCGUGCCUCUACCUCCCUUCUGGGAGUUGUCAUCCCAGACGUGCCCGUUUUGUGUCCCAAUGGGACACGGACCACAAAGUUGGAUUCUUGGAGGGACAUAGUAUGCCACUGGACGGAGGGGGAGCCAUGGCUUGACCUGCACAUUCCGCUCAAGGACUGGCCUUAUCACUACUACAAUGGGAAGAGUGGCCAUCAAUUCAAUACAAAAUUCCAGGGAGACGAGGAAACCUUCCUCAAGGUCUAUGGAAGUGCCGUCGGUCAAGGACACACGAAACUCCUCAAAGCGAUCUUGGCUGCCCGCAAACGGUAUUGUGGAGCUGGGGAGCACUGUCAUCGCCUCACAAGUGAAGAAGUCUGCGACGAUUCUUCUUCGGGCGUCAGCGAGCAGCACUGAUGCAUAUCACACCAAGGUCGUCAUUCCACCAUUGCCAUCCUGUUCUUUUUUUCUUCUUUCUUUCUCUUAAUACAUCUAUCACUCACUUGUCGAUACUAUCACCCCAGCAUCACCCGAGCUCGUGAUGUACUACAUCACUAGUCGCAUACUCGUACAUGUGCAGUAGCCUACGACAAGUCAUACGUACACAACGCACAACACAAACAUCGUUAAUCGCAAGCAUCAUUCAUCCACCCAUCAUAUCCUGAGCGUGCGCGUGCGCAUGCAAUACCAUUAUGUGUUUGUUUUACCUAACUCACACGUCCGUUCGAGAGUAGUCCUACACUGCCGUACAUAACUG